AUGAAGUGUCAAUCGGUUUUGUUUCAUAUGCCAUUGUUUCUGCUUGCGGCCGCUGCAGCACAAGUUCCGUUUCACGAAUACGUUCUGGCGCCUAACUCACGUGUCAUCAGCCCGGUCUCUAUUUACCAGGCUGGCGGCAACGUUGAGAAUGCUGCUGGCCUCCUGAAUACCAGGGGAAGUACGCUCCAGGAUAGCCAUUCAACCUCAUUUUCAGGUAAUGGCUCUUACGUUACGCUGGACUUCGGCAAAAACGUGGCUGGGAGGGUUGCUUUCCAGGUAGACGCUGUCUCGGGAUCGACCGAUUCGAUAGGCUUCACGUUCAGCGAGUCCUCAAUGUACAUCAGCGCUCAGUUCUGCGAUGCUGUAAUUGAUGGAGCGUUCGAUCUUCCUCAGUGGUUCAACGACACAACACCAGGCCAUUACGAGGCCGGCCACGAAUUUCAACGAGGAGCUUUCCGAUACCUCACAAUAGUCCAUAAUUCGACAGAAACUAUUAGUCUCUCUAACGUUACUGUUUAUUGGAGCACAUCCCCUGAAAUGACUGACCCAUCAGACUACACUGUUUAUUUUCAUAGCGACAACGAAAAGUUGAAUCGAGUGUGUGUUUUGUUAGAUGGUGGUAAGAGAGAUCGGAUCGUAUGGCCAGGGGAUAUCGUCAUUUCGGGCCCUUCCAUCUUCGUGUCGACAACCAGUCUUGAGCCUAUCCGCAAUGCACUUGACUCGCUCUUCCUCUACCAAGAAUCGGAUGGCCGUUUGCCUGCUGCGGGAUACCCAUUGGCACAACUAUUUGCAUGGAGUUUUACAUAUCAUUGUCACACCCUCAACGAUGUAUACGAUUACUUUAUGUUCACUGGUGAUGUGGACUACAUCACAUCAUUAUGGGACCGGUACCGGCUAGGAGUCGAUUAUCUCCUGCAGUUCAUUGACUCAUCUGGUCUGGCCAACGUGACCAGUACUUCUGAUUGGGUUCGAAGCGGCCGAUUCCAUAUUGUAUUACACAUUGAGGAAUGCUCUCAAGCUUGCCAAUGGGAAAGCUUUGCGGCAGGCAUCCCCACGGCUGCGAAUGAUAUUCUUUGGGACAAGUCGGUAUCCUUGUAUCGUGACAACGACACUAUUGAAGAUAGCUCUUCGGCGCCCUCUUAUCCGCAGGACGGAAAUUCAUGGGCCGUCAUAGCUGGUAUCGCCAACGGUACGCGAGCCGAGGCUGUUAGCGAUGCUCUGAAGGCACGGUGGGUGCUUCCAUAUGGCGCGCCAGCAGUUGAGGCUGGUCAGACGAUAUCUCCGUUCACGACUGGGUUCGAGAUCCAGGCGCAUUAUAUGGCUGGCCAUUCGGAAUAUGCUACAGAUCUGAUGGAGUUCAUGUGGGCAGACUACAUGCUUGACGGUCCACGGAUGACAAAUAGCACGUUUAUCGAAGGGUAUGCGACCGAUGGUACUCCACUCUACCCAGUUUACAAUUAUGAUCCUCGCGUCAGCCACGCGCACGGCUGGUCUACUGCUCCUACUUCGAUGCUCACACUUUAUGGGGGAGGCCUGACAAUGACUUCAGCGGCAGGCCUAACUUGGAAAGUCGCCCCAGCACUGGGCAGUCUCAAGACUAUCCGGACAGGCUUUGAGACCCCACUUGGGAGCUUUACAACAAGCUGGACGAACAUCUACUUACAGGCCGGUGAUACGUGGGUCCUAUGA